CGCGCGGGGCAGGCUAUGGCGUCGUCUUCUGCCUCGUCGGCCACCGUACCGGCAGCGGCAGCGGGCCCCGGCCCGGGUUUCGGCUUCGCCUCCAAGACCAAGAAGAAGCAUUUCGUGCAGCAGAAGGUGAAGGUGUUCCGGGCCGCUGACCCGCUCGUGGGCGUGUUCCUGUGGGGCGUCGCCCACUCGAUCAAUGAGCUUAGCCAGGUCCCACCCCCUGUAAUGCUGCUUCCAGAUGACUUUAAGGCUAGCUCCAAGAUCAAAGUCAACAAUCACCUCUUCCACAGGGAGAACCUGCCUAGUCACUUCAAGUUCAAGGAGUAUUGUCCCCAGGUCUUCAGGAACCUUCGAGAUCGAUUCGGGAUUGAUGACCAAGACUACCAGGUUUCUCUUACCCGAAGUCCCCCAAAUGAGAGUGAGGGCAGUGAUGGGCGAUUCCUUGUGUCAUAUGAUCGAACUCUGGUCAUCAAAGAGGUUUCUAGUGAGGACAUUGCUGACAUGCAUAGCAACCUCUCCAACUACCACCAGUAUAUAGUCAAGUGUCAUGGCAACACGCUGCUCCCCCAGUUCCUGGGAAUGUACCGGGUAAGCGUUGACAAUGAAGACAGCUACAUGCUUGUAAUGCGAAACAUGUUCAGCCACCGGCUCCCUGUGCACAGGAAGUACGACCUCAAGGGUUCCUUGGUAUCACGGGAAGCCAGUGAUAAAGAAAAGGUUAAAGAAUUGCCCACACUGAAGGAUAUGGACUUUCUCAACAAGAACCAGAAAGUUUAUAUUGGUGAGGAGGAGAAGAAAGUAUUUUUGGAAAAGCUAAAGAGAGAUGUAGAGUUUUUGGUACAGCUGAAGAUUAUGGACUACAGCCUCCUCUUGGGUAUCCAUGAUAUCGUUCGGGGGACAGAACCAGAGGAAGAAGGACUUGGAAGAGAGGAGCAACCUGAAGGGGAGGGGGACUGUGGUAUGGCAGGGCCUCCAGUUUUGGUUGGCUCCUGUGGCACCUCCCCUGAGGGAAUCGGAGGCUAUAUCCAUGCUCACCGACCCUUAGGCCCUGGCGAGUUUGAGUCCUUCAUUGAUGUCUAUGCCAUCCGAAGUGCUGAAGGGGCCCCCCAGAAAGAGGUAUAUUUCAUGGGCCUCAUUGACAUCCUCACCCAGUAUGAUGCCAAGAAGAAGGCAGCUCAUGCCGCAAAGACUGUCAAGCAUGGGGCUGGCGCAGAGAUCUCUACUGUCCAUCCUGAUCAAUAUGCCAAGCGGUUCCUAGAUUUCAUCACCAACAUCUUUGCCUAGGAGACUGAUUGGCACUCUAUGACGCCUCCUUUGACUUGGGUCGGGGAGGAAGAAGUGACAGGGCUGCAGGGGGAGACUGAAGGAGUUAGGGGUGUCUUCUUCCUUAGCUGAGUCCAGGUUGCCUCUCCCUACUCCCAGAGUGAUGUCUUCCCUGCAUCUUGUCCUAACCACACCACCCCCAGAGUCAGCUUCGUUAGAGUUUUACUGAGGACUUUUUUUUUUCUCUCCCAAGUGCCUUGAUCUUUGUAAAACGUCAUGUUAUUUUUGUAAAAUAGGAGGAGCUGGAUUGGUUGGGGGGAGGGGUAUCUUCUGACCCUGGCAGGAUCAGUGACUCUGGUUCUAGGUGUUGCUCUAACCUGGAAAGCUUGAGUCAGCCUGGCUUGAACUUUGCUGUUUAAUUUUAUUGGAGGCAGAGGCUCGCUCUUCACUCUUCCAACAUUCCCCCAUGUACCUGGUGCAGAUGUGGAUGCAGCAGUGUGCAUAAGAUGUGGUAGCCAGUCUUACUCACUGAAGUGGGGGGGUGUGUGUGGAAGAUAGUCAGCAGGCUGGCUUCCCACUGGGUUGGGGGCUUGAGAGAUUUUUUGGCUUUGUCAGGAACUUUGAAUGGUUCCCUAGCCCUUUCCUCAGUGUCCUGGGCACCUAAGUCUUGAAGCAUCCUCACUGUCUAGGCCCAAGUUGGGGUUGUUUGGUUGCUGCUGCUGGAUACCAGAGCCUCUGUCCCUACCUGGGACUGGUAUUUAGGUGGCUGGUCUGGGAGACUGGGGUGAAGAAAGAUUCUGGAGCUAAAAGCUCACUAUAUUUAAUAUUACUUUCUCUUUGUCUAGUUAUUUCUGGGUGUUGUUCCAGGGGCAGGGGAAUUCCUCAGUCUGGACCAAACCUGGUUAUCUUUGGGGUGAAUUGAACCCAGCACCAUUCCUUCUUCCCCUUUCCUUUCACCUUUGUUAUCAGCCUACCCCCAACCUGUCUUGUGCUGCUGUCAUAUGUCCCCAGAAUAGGUGACAUUGUCAUCCCUAUUCCCUACGUCCUGAGAGGAAUCAGCCAUAACUGCCCCUCCCUAAAUUGUAUAGGAGUAGUAUACCUAACUGGGGUUUGAGGGGCAUCAGAAGAGUAUGAGCCUUAGGGGAAAGGGGUAUAGAUUCACUUCGGAGUUGAGACAAUCACUCCUUCCUAGGUUUCUCCAGUAUUGUCCAAGGUUAUGAGUCAGUGCAAUACUCCCUGUGUGGCUAGACUGUACUGUCAACAGGAGAUAGCCUUGUGAAUAUUUUCCCCCACCUACUCCCUUGCCCCCACUUUUAAUCUUUAGGAGGAGGAAACUGAAGCGCGCUCGUGUGUAUGUCUGUGUGUCUGUGUGGUGUGAGAUGUCUGAUAUCUGCCUUCCUCUUGUCUUCCCUCCAGGGCCCUGGUUGAACUUACCCUUUCCCCCAUCUUUCCCCUGUCUCAAUGCAAUAAAAUUUAGGACACCAGCAACUGCCUUUCUUUAAAAAUUGGUUUUCUGACCAUGUAGCUGAUGCAUCGGGGGCAGUGUGGGUGUCUUCAUUUGUUGCAACGUCUCUGUCUCUGUCUCUCUCUCCCCCUCUCUCCCCCUCCCUCUCUCCCCCCCCCUUUCCUUCUCUCUCUCUUUUUCUCUCUCUCUCUUUGGUUAAAAAAAUGAAAGAAAAAUAAUCUUGGAUAUUCCUAUUCUUGCUGUAUCAAUAUAGAAGUAAAUUAUUAAACCUAAACUGCUUCCUCUUA